GCAACCACCCUUUAAUUUAACCUACUUGGCCUUAGCUUCUCUUCUUUUUCUUUCUUUCUUUCAUCUUAUUACAUGGCACCAUCAUCAGCAUCAGGUUCUUCAACAGAUCAAACAAUCACAGUUGAAAAAAGUAUUUCAAGAACAAGAUUUGCAGAGCUGGGAAUUAAUUCAUGGCCCAAAUGGGCUUGUCCUCCUGGGAAGUACAAGCUGAAAUACAAUUCACAACAGACAUGCCAUUUGGUGAGAGGGAAAGUGAAGGUUUAUUCCGAGGACUCGUCUUCUCCGGCGGUGGAGUUUUGUGCCGGCGACCUUGUCACCAUUCCCAGUGGACUCAGUUGCACUUGGGAUGUAAUGGCUUCGGUGGACAUGCAUUACAAAUUUGAGCCCUCUCCUGCACCUUCAUCUCCUCCUCAUUCUUGAUCUCAUGAGAUGAAUGCAUGGAAGAAAAGAACCUCUAAAUAUAUGUUUGUUUAA